CUGAAUUACUAUUCUCAUCUCUUUCCCCAUUACAUUAUCUCUGUGUCAGAGCCUGCACGUUGUCAGUGUUCCACUCACCGUCGACCCUACUGCGUCUUUGUGUGAGCCAGCUUCCAUCAUCAACGCCUCCUUUCGAACUUGCUGUAAUAUAUUAAUUCUACAAUCCAGCUUAACCGAUUUGCAACAGUUCACACGAAAAUGCGUGAAUGUAUAUCAAUACACGUCGGCCAAGCCGGUGCUCAGAUUGGUAAUGCAUGCUGGGAGUUGUACUGUCUGGAACAUGGCAUCCAGCCUGAUGGGCAGAUAUCCACUGAAAAAACUGCCGGAAGCGGGGACAAUUCAUUCAGCACUUUCUUCAACGAGACCGGAACUGGACAUCACGUGCCACGUGCAGUGUUUAUUGACUUAGAGCCAACAGUUAUAGAUGAAAUUCGUACAGGUACGUACCGCCACUUGUUCCACCCAGAACAACUGAUCACCGGUAAAGAAGAUGCCGCCAAUAACUAUGCGCGUGGCCACUACACUAUUGGGAAAGAGCACAUCGAUAUGGUGUUGGACAGAGUUCGUAAGUUGGCUGAUCACUGUACUGGUCUUCAAGGUUUCUUGGUUUUCCACAGCUUCGGUGGUGGCACUGGUUCUGGUUUCACGUCUCUUCUUAUGGAGCGGCUCUCGGUUGACUAUGGAAAGAAGUCAAAGUUACAGUUUGCCGUCUACCCUGCUCCCCACAUAUCAACAGCGGUUGUUGAACCAUACAAUUCCAUUUUGACAACUCAUACCACCUUGGAGCAUUCGGACUGUGCUUUCAUGGUUGACAACGAGGCCAUCUACGAUAUAUGUCGUCGAAAUUUGGACAUAGAACGUCCAGCUUACACCAAUCUCAACCGUCUGAUUGGUCAAAUCGUGUCUUCCAUUACGGUGUCCCUCCGCUUCGAUGGUGCUCUUAACGUCGAUUUGACUGAAUUCCAAACCAAUUUGGUGCCCUACCCGCGUAUUCACUUUCCAUUGGCUACCUACGCCCCGGUCAUUUCUGCUGAGAAAGCUUACCACGAGCAGAUGUCCGUGUCGGACAUUACCAAUGCGUGCUUCGAACCUUAUAACCAGAUGGUUAAAUGUGAUCCACGACAAGGUAAAUACAUGGCAUGUUGUCUUUUAUAUCGUGGGGAUGUCGUACCGAAAGAUGUCAAUGCUGCAAUCACCACCAUCAAGACCAAACGCAACAUCCAAUUCGUCGACUGGUGCCCAACUGGUUUCAAAAUUGGUAUCAACUACCAACCACCAACCGUUGUUCCCGGUGGUGACUUGGCUAAAGUACAACGCGCUGUCUGCAUGUUGAGCAACACUACGGCCAUCGUUGACGCGUGGGCUCGUCUUGAUCAUAAAUUCGAUUUGAUGUACGCCAAGCGUGCUUUCGUCCACUGGUAUGUCGGUGAAGGUAUGGAGGAAGGUGAAUUCUCCGAGGCGCGUGAAGAUCUGGCAGCUUUGGAGAAGGAUUACGAGGAAGUUGGCGUCGACUCAGCUGAAGGGGAAGGGGAGGAAGAGGGAGAGGAAUAUUAAAUAUAAUAUUUUAAAGAUAUGUGAAAAUGAAGCAGUGAAAAUUGCCUUGACUGUUUUGGUGCAAAAAUUCUUUCACGAUAUUAUACACUUACUCGUUGUCUUUGUUCCAUUGAUGGCUGCUUUUGUUUGUUGCAAUAAAUAGGCGUUGAAAACA